GCUGCUGGUGUUGCAAUCCAAGGGAGGUUUCGUAGCUCGCUUUCCCUGUCACAAUCGCUGCCUGUAUGUAGACUCAGCCAAUCUCGUGGCACUGACGCUGGUUGAGGCAGGAUUCAGAGAGGCUUGAUCAUAAUAUUUAACACACCCACCCAGUAAGCGCUUGAGUCCGGCUGCGCGGAAUGAGCAGGAGGCAAUCACCGAGACAAGUGCAAGCAGAUACAGCUUACACCUGUCAAACUGCGCGUUCUCCAGCUUUUUGUUUGAAAAUGAGACAGCGGCAGGCGUUGACUAAAAAGCCUGUUUUACGCUUAUCGUUUGGUGUCCUUUAAUAUUUUCUUUAGUUCUGAAGUUAUUUUAUUUCAAGAACGACCUCUUGUCUUCAGCACGAUACUCCACCUCAAAGAUUUGAUGGGUCAUCCAUCAGCUGGAUGUUUUUGUGCAUCUAUUUUCAAAUAACAAGUAUUUAUAGUGACACUGACGGGUGUGGAGGCAUGUGUUCUAUCUUCAAAGAACGCAGGAUGAAAAUCUGGAUUAAUACCUACUAGUUUCUUCAUUUGGUUGUCAUAUUUGGCGUCGCAGUGAAGACCGGUCGAGGAUGAUGGAAUAGCGGCACAUGGGCAAGAGUGCUACAUUUGAUAGCGAAUAUUUGUUUUAUUUCAUCCUACGUUUUGGGAGGCUGUCAUAUUUACCUGAGGCACACUGUCAAUGCCGACAAGUUCAAAUUGUACCGUGAGGCUCAUGAUAUCUAGGCUCAAACGAGACCCCGAAGAAGCUUAGCAAAUAAAGAAUUCUAAGACUUCUUGAACAUUGAAUUGCUGACAUAAAACGCAGUGUUUUCGUAAUAUUAUUCUAAUGGACACCGAAUGCUGUAUAUUGCAUGUCGUACAAAAUUGACUUAUUUGCGUUGGUGGUGUUAUCUUGUAAAAACCCACAAUAUAAUCGGGACAGUCUAUUUAAUUGUAAAUGUAAAGAUGAUAUUGUUUCGUAAAUUCCGUGUUCUUAUCCUCAUGGUUUUCCUGGUAGCGUGUACCAUGCACAUUAUGAUAGACUUGCUACCGAAACUGGAGAAACGUGCGGCAGGAACGAACUCUGGCACAGGAGGCUGCUCGUGCUCCCAUAAUCCGAGCGAAGAACCACGGAAUUGGGCAAAGCAACAAGCGAGGUCGGGACCGGAGUCGGGUUGGCCUAACAAACACACUUUGAGGAUUUUGCAAGAUUUCAGCAACGAGCCAAGUUCCAACCUCACCUCUCACUCCCUGGAAAAGGUCACGGGGACAGUAGAUAAAGCUGAUUCUGAGAAGCGCAUACCGCUGGUCCCUGGGAACAUCAAGGAUACCGGUGCGGGAAAGAAACGAUAUGCCCCAGGUUUCUCACGUCUAGCAGCUUUGUAUGACCACCCUUUGUACAAGAUUGACCCGCCCUCGCUCAAAGACGAUGACACUUUGUUCAGCGUGAAUACUGACAUCCGUCUCUACCCCAAAACUGCUGGGAAUCCAGAAUGGCACAACGAGGGCAACGCAGAGGAGGAGGAGUACAGCCCAACGGGGGGAGCCACGACCGAGUCCUACCCCAACUGGCUGCGCUUCCACGUGGGCAUCAACCGCUACGAGCUCUACUCCCGCCACAACCCCACCAUCGACGCACUCCUCAAGGACCUGGUCUCCCAGAGCAUCACCAGCGUGGCCAUGAAGUCCGGAGGCACCCAGCUGAAGCUCAUCAUGACCUUCCACAACUACGGACAAGCCCUCUUCAAACCCAUGAAGCAGACAAGGGAAAAAGAAACCCCUCCCGACUUCUUCUACUUCUCCGACUUCGAGAGGCAUAAUGCUGAGGUAGCAGCCUUCCACCUGGACAGAAUUCUCGACUUCCGCCGCGUGCCCCCGGUCGCCGGGCGCCUUGUCAACAUGACGAGGGAAAUCCGGGACGUGACUCGUGACAAGAAGCUGUGGAGGACCUUCUUCAUAUCCCCAGCCAACAACAUCUGUUUCUACGGGGAGUGCUCGUACUACUGCUCCACUGAACAUGCUCUUUGUGGCAAACCGGACCAGAUCGAGGGCUCGCUGGCCGCCUUCCUCCCCGACCUGGCCUUGGCCAAGCGGAAGACCUGGAGGAGUCCGUGGCGCCGCUCCUACCACAAGCGCAAGAAAGCCGAGUGGGAGGUGGACCCCGACUACUGUGACGAGGUGAAGCAGACGCCCCCGUAUGACCAGGGCACUCGACUCCUAGAUGUCAUGGACAUGGCUGUCUUUGACUUCCUCAUGGGCAACAUGGAUCGUCACCACUACGAGACCUUUGAGAAAUUUGGCAAUGAGACGUUCAUCAUCCACUUGGACAACGGCAGAGGGUUCGGGAAGCACUCCCACGAUGAGCUCUCCAUCCUGGUGCCUCUCAGUCAGUGCUGCAGAGUGAAGCGCUCCACCUACCUGCGCCUCCAGCUGCUGGCCAAGGAGGAGUUCAAGCUGAGCACCCUGAUGGAGGAGUCCCUGCUGCGGGACCGCCUGAGCCCGGUGCUGAUCCGACCCCACCUGGAGGCCCUGGACCGGCGGCUCAGGGUGGUGCUGAAGGUGCUGUCCGACUGCGUGGAGAAAGAGGGCUUCGCCAGCGUGGUGGAGGACGACCUGCGCUCCCCGCACCACGAGUCCGGCGCCCGGGGGAGGUAGUGAGCCCAGGAGAGAGGGAACCACCGGCACCAUAGUUGGGUCAGGUCGACCCGUUGGUGCUGAGCCACCAGGAGGUGGAGGAGGAGGAGGAGGAGGAGGAGGGUGGACACCCCACUCAACCCACCCCUUCUCCCCGUCUCAACAGCCCCUAAAACUGAACGCUGCAUGAGUGUCAGAGGAGGCGUUUCUUUACCGGUUUGGGGGCGAGGGUGGGGGUGGGGGUGGGGGGGUUCUUGUGCCUCAUCCCUCAGGCCUCCAUCCUGAAUUCAGUGAAUUCCAAACCAAGACUUGCUGUCAACGCCUCUUUACCUAAAAGGCCACUGUGUGUGUAUGCAUAUGUAAGGUAUAUGCGCACAUACACGAGACCACUGCUCAUUUGAGGUGGCAGGACAUUGUCACGGGAGAUGAAUCCCAUGGAAGAUGUUUGACACAGGCCUCCAGAAAGGAGGACUGUCCCUUGCUGUAUAUUUUGUUUGUUCAAAUGAAGCUUAUUUGAGAUUUGAGAUUUUGCUGCUCUUUCUUUCUGUGGGUGAGCGUGUGUUUGUUAAACUAUGCCUUUAUAAUAGAGAGCAAUGUUUCGGCAUCAUUUAUUAAAAAUUGCACAUAUUUCCAUUGGGAAAAUGUCACUCAGUACAGUGGUGAAAUAAUAAAAGGUUAAUGUGCAUUUGAUGGGCAGAGAGUACAUGAGAAGAGAUGACAUGGAAGUGGUCACCACUGGGGCUGAACUAAUGGUGUGUCUUACAUGCUCAAAAUCACAACAGCUUGUAAAGGAGCCAACAUGCAUAGACUUUCAUUCAUACACCAUCGUCUCUCUCAUAGCUUACUGCACACAGGCAGAUAGAUGCAGUGGUUGUUUCAGCUUCUCAGUCUGCGCCACCAACCUCUUAUCAAAAAUGCUCAUCCGUCCGAGAGUGUUUUUAUACAACCUGUUCCUACCGAUCACAGUCAUGUGGGUUAUUCAGUAGAUUUCAUUAUAUUCGCUCAGAUUGAAAAAAAUCCUCAGUCAAAAUAAAACCAUUACUCACUGAGGAAUUGUUUUUUUUUUUUAAAGCUAGCUGACCAGGAAGUUGGCUGAGAACCCAAAGCUGUUGCACGUAUGGGUUUCCUGUUUUGGCCGUCCUACCCUACCACAGGCCUCCCUCUCUCAUCUGUUCCCUGUGUGAGACGCCGGCAGACCAGAAGCUGGCACUACCUCCAAAAGAAAUGGAAAUGAAAUCAACAGAGGAUCGUUGGGAUUUCUAAUCUGCUUGGGUUUUUGGCUGCUAGUGCCACAUCACAUCUCCCAGCAACCUGGACCCCCAGCCUAGUCCUUCUGCUUCCCAUGACCAAUCAGGAGACCAGCGUCAUCUGUCACUCUCAUGCUGUUUCCAUGCUUCUGGUCACCAAAAGGUCAUCUUGUGAAGGUUCCUGGCUGGAUUAGUGAACUGUCGUUAGUUGUUAAGUCUUGGGUAUUAAGGUCAUACAGGUGAUUACAAACAAACUGUAGUAGAUAGAUACUGUAGAUGGAUGGGUUUUAGCUUUGAUUUUGUAGUAGUUGUGUUUAGUAGUAAGCUAAAGGCUUACUGGAAAUCUUUACAGGGUUCAGUGGGUUUACGUUUCAUCAAUUUACUGUUACUGUUGCAUUGCUUUUUUUUAUUAUUUCAGUGCCCAAUGAAACAUCAUUUACUUUAACACAAGAGUGCCUUUAGUUUUUGGUUUGACUGAUCAUAAAGGCUUCAUCAGUUACUAUAAGAUCUCACAGUGCCAACCAUUCUGCUAAACAAAUGUCCAUUGUGACACCGAGAGUUACAAGGAGCAUGAUAGUUUAAUAUUUUAUGUGUUGUGUUUUUAAUGCUUUCUAAAGAUUAUUUAUUGAACCUCGUACCAAAAUACAAUGGAGAUUGCUUUGCUUGUUUUUUAUUUGGUUGUUUGGAUACUGUUUCUUAUGCUGUCCUUGUUUUGAACACUUCUUUGCUACUCGAGUGAACAGCUGGACGUAGAUUUCCAACAAAGCAAGGGUUCCAGCAUUCUGCCCACCUCUGUCCCAGUCCAACCCAGUGCCUGUGCAACAAGAAGAAAUACUUGAAUGUUUUUUUUUGUUGUUGUUGUUUUUUUUUAGGGGGGGGGGGGUGAAGAACAUUCAUUUCUCCUGCAGUAGACUCUUGUCGCAGGACAGAGCUGUGAGUGACAGUGAGGUUUCAGAGAGAAAGAGUCCUGCCAUGUUGUCACAAAGGCAGAAUCUGACAUUGUGUAAAUCUCUUUAAAUAACAUGUCAGCCUCAAGCUUCAUUGGUUUAUUUUUGUCCUUUUUUUUGUUGUUUGUUUGUUUAUUUGUUUGUCAGUUGGUUUGAUGGUUUGUUUCUCUUCUGCAUUGGUACUGUGAAAACAUGUUUGCCAAAUGGGUGCAAUAAAACAAAACAAAAAUAGAUAAAACAAAUAAACAACUUAAACUAAAACAA